CCCACGAAGAACCUUAUCGCCAACACGCACAGGUGACACUGGUGUCCACUGUAGAGAUAAACAGACUUCAUUUCAUCGUCAAGGGACAUUUCCACGAAGGUUCUCUCUCGCCCAAGUCCAGCAAGCAGUGCAGGCAACUCGCCAAGGUCACGGUUGCAACUUUCUUAAAACACAGGACUGCGCUGCGACCGCCACUUUCCAUUGGCAGGCGAAAGAGAACAUUUCUGUCAUGUACGAGUAUCAGACAGGUGUCCAAACGGCGGGGGUGACGGUGGAGCAGCUGGACUUCCCGCCCUUGGUGCUGGGCGAGGGACCCUACUGGAUCGAGAGCCUCCAGGCCCUCAUGCUCGCCGACGUCUACAGCAACAUCCUCAGGAGGCGCUUCUUCCCCUCUGGCAGACACCAGGUCCUCCACCUUGACUCCACUGGCGACCCCCUGGACGUGAUAACGGCUGCGAUCCCAGUGGAAGGCGAACGGGAUGUGUUCGUGGGCGUGGAAGGGAAACAUAUCUCGUUCCUGCAUUGGGCGCCCUAUGAUCCCGACGACCACAAUACGACCUCGGCGAUCAUCCACACGACUAAGGACUUUGCCUUCAACGACGCCAAGUGCGACCCUCAAGGCAGACUCUGGGCAGGCACGACAGUACCUUUGGACGAAAAUGUACAGGUGACGGAGGCCAACGCUUCGGGUCUGUACAGGAUGGACAGCAAGCUUGAAGUCACUAAGUGGGCUACAGUGUCCCUGUCAAACGGCCUGGCCUGGAGUCUGGACCGGAAGAACUUCUAUUACGUGGACUCUCACACACGCACCGUCGACGUGUUCGACUACGACGAUGAGUCCGGAGCCAUCAGCAACCGCCGCGUCAUCUUGGACUUCAACAAGGCCGGCCUGAGGGACCAGUUCCCGGAUGGAAUGGCGAUCGACGUCGACGGGAACCUCUGGGUGGCGUCCUUCGGUGGACACCAGGUCAUCUGCGUCGACCCCCGCACCGGCAGGAUCCUCCGCCGGGUCGCCAUCCCUGCCAAGAACGUGAGCUCGGUGUGCUGGGGGGGACCCGACUACGCCACCCUCUUCGUGACCUCCGGCACCCUCGGGAUGAAACCGGAGGAGAUCAGGGCCAACUCUCUCUCGGGAGGAACCUUUGCCGUGACGGGUCUUGGCACCAAAGGCCUCCCCGCUGCGCAGUUCAGGGUCAACUUCCUGCAGUUGCAAGCGCAGCAGCAGGUGGCCGUGGGAAGGAAACAGGGGUAGGCGCUGCGGUGCGUCAGAACUGCUGGGUAUUAUUUGUAUAGAAUUAUUUGAAUAUUAAAAGUAAAAUAUUCAGAAUAAUUACCAAAAUUCAUCCAUGACUUCCAUCUUAGAGAAACAUUUUAAUGUACUGACCAAUAGACUGAAAUAGGCUUACUCUGACCAAAUUCUGAGAUGCCGUUUCCUUUAAUUUUCAUGUUUACUUGCUAUGAAAAGCUGAAAAUGCUGAUUUUUUUUUCUUCUUACCGAAAGGCCAAAAUUUUCUUCUCGAAUUAAGAUCUGAUAUUCUUCAGCAACAAAUUUUGUGUUAUAUUUC